AUUUUCCAAUGAAUCGUAUUUGACUAAACCAAACGCAGCUGAGUAAAAUUAAGCGAUUGAAGAAGACGGGAUGAGGUAGCUAAUAUUUGAGCCUUGUUGAAGUUGAGAAAUAUCAGCAGCAUGAACCCUUGUUCAACAAUCUCCACAAAAUCAUAGAAAAUGUUGGCUUCCACGCUGCCUCUCACUCCAAACCCUACACUCCUCCUUCUUCACAAACCGCAUUUCAAUACACUUUACUUCAGACCCUUAUCCAAACCCCACGUAUGCUUCGCAUUUCCGCCAUCCAACGGCGAGGAGGCGCGCUGGCUGAGGGAGGAGCAGCGCUGGUUGAGGGAGGAGCAGCGCUGGCUGAGGGAGGAGUCCCGCUGGAACGCCGAGCGCCAUGCUCUGCUGCAACAGAUAAACAGCCUUAAACUCAGAAUUCAAGACCUUGAGCGCCUUAAUUCUCUGCAGGGUUCCGAAACUGUCGGAAAUAUUGCCAAAUUGCUGCAGGCUCUGAAGGAGAGUGAUGUAACAAAGAAUGUGAACAGAAUUGCUGAGAGCGGAACUAGUGCUGUGCCGUUAGUGGUUGAGAGUUUUGAGACAGCUACAAAGGAGGAGGAAAUAGUCGUAAAGGAAGUAAUCAGUAUUCCAGAAAAGAAGGAAAAUGUGUUAAGCAGGGUAACAUUGAGAAUAGGAUCAGAAGGAGAUGAAGUCGGGGCAAUGCAGGAAGCCUUGCAGAAACUCGGGUUUUACUCUGGUGAAGAGGACAUGGAGUUUACUAGCUUCUCAAGUGGAACUGAGCGUGCUGUAAAAACCUGGCAAGCCACAUUAGGCUUACGUGAAGAUGGCAUUAUGACUGCAGAUCUUCUGCACAGGUUAUUUGGAAGUUCUGAAUCGGGAUUGAGCAAAAAUGAAGAACGUAAAUCAACUGAUCCACAGAAAGGAGCCAAUGGAGCCCCAGUUGCUUCAACAGAUGUAAAUGAAAUUGAGCAGACUAUUGUAACAGACGAAAGUGUAACAGAAGGUGGGGCUUCUCGAGCUAGAGUCUUUCUUCUUGGAGAGAAUCGGUGGGAAGAACCUUCAAGGCUCUCUGGUGGUAGCAAAAGGUCAGCGAAAAACACAAAAGAAAAUCCAACUACCAAGUGCCUUACCUGUCGUGGAGAAGGCCGUUUAUUGUGCAUGGAAUGCGAUGGAACUGGGGAGCCAAAUAUUGAGCCACAGUUUAUAGAAUGGGUUGAUGAAGGAGAAGCCAAGUGUCCGUAUUGUGAAGGACUCGGAUACACAGUGUGCGAUCUAUGUGAGGGGAAGAAGACCACCACUUGAUGCUUCCAUUUUCACAUACAACUUUGACAUGUAAAUAUAUAUACCAUUUAUAUAUAUCUACGGAAACAGGACGUAUGUACAACGUGUUGCCCUUUGUUUAAUAUGAAAGAUAGUGUUACUUUCCAUUUGAAA